AUGAGGAAAGUGGGCGGGAGACUUGCAGAGAAGGAGGAAAUUCGGUACCUGCUGAAGGACUUCAACCCUCUCCGUGUCCAUAGGGUCCAGAGUGGCUACAAAUGCUUCGCGUUCGUGGACCUGGGCUCCGUGCAGAGAGUGGCGCUUGCGGUCCAGGAGCUGAAUGGGACGCUCUUCCACAAUCGGACACUGUAUGUGAAUCCCUGCAGAAGCUCUCCCAGGCGGCCCCCGGAGCUGCAGGUGUUGGAGAGGCCUUCCCGUCGAGGAUUUGCCGAAAUCGCUGCUUAUCUCCAGCUCACCCCCAAAGCUCCCGGUGACCCCCGAAAGACAGCGAGACGGAGGACACCCUUAUUUGCAGUCCCCAUGGAAAUGAGAGGCUCCUUCCUGGUGCCGCUCCUGAGGGAAUGCUUCCGCGACCUGGGCUGGCUGGCCACCAUCUGCCACACCGGCGGGGACGUGGGGCUGCUGGUGACCAGUAUUGUCCCUCGGACCCCGUUCUUCUGGGCCAUGCACGUCACGGAGACUCUGCACCAGAACAUGCAGGCGCUCUUCAGCACCCUGGCCGAGGCGGAGGAGCAGCAGCCCUACCUGCAGGACGCAGCCGUGCAGCGCGGGGCCCGCUGCCUGGCUGAGUACCACCUGGGCACGUACGGCCGGGCCUGGAACAGGUGCUGGGUAGUGGACAGGGUGGAUACCUGGGCUGUGGUCUUGUUCAUCGACUUUGGCCAGUCGGCCACCCUCCCGGUGCAGUGUCUGCGCAGCCUGGAUAGUGAUGACUUCUGGACCAUCCCCCCUCUGACUCAGCCUUUCAUGCUGAGGAAAGGCAUUUUGAGUUCAUAUCAGCUGACCCAUCACAUCCUCAAAGGGAAGAUCACUGGCGCUUUGAAAUUGGAGCCACAAAUCCUGAAGUUUGAAGAGUUAAGAUGAUGUGGCUAGCUAGCAUCAGCUCCCUCCCUCCUUUAUAUAUUCUUUGUGCCCCCUCUCCCUCCCCCUCCCCCUGCCUGCCCUGACCUGUGUCCCCCUUCCACUCGCAAGGCCACACUGGUGCCCAGGAUUGAUUUGAUUUGCAUUUGCCUUUACCCUCAGCUCCUCUCAGAAAAGUCUCAACUUUGUCUUGUGUCUUCAGUUCCCCACUCAGUAUGGACAUUUGAACCAAACCUAGGAAGCUUACAUGGGAAGCUUCAGGUGGCCAUGUAUUUAUUUUCUGUCUCUUUUUUUGUGCCCCCGGAGCACAAUAUAAAUUGCUCCAACAGAUUCUGGAGAUUCUGGAGAAUGGAAAGGCCCACGGCUUUAUUUUCCUGGGAUUCCAUUGUAGAACCAGGUGGGGAACAUUUAACCAGUGAGCCAUCACCAUGGAGAAUAAAUGUUGGCACGGUUCACGA